CUCGCGUUUACGUCGGUCCCGAGACGCGCGGCGCGCCAUCGUCGACCGAGUGAUCGACGAAUCGAAUCUCGACGUCGCUUGGUGUUGCAAGGGGUUGCGAGCGGUGGAUACUCUUUUCAUUCUUUUACAAGGAGAAGAAACGAAUGAACGAACGGACAAACAAGAGGGAUUUUGUAAAUUUUGGUGGAGAAGUGUGUGUGAACUUUUUUUUUUUUUUUUUUUUUUUUUUUUUUGGUUUCCUUCUUCUCUUUUCGCUCUCCCCCCUCCUCUCCGGUCCGGUCGAAUGAAUCGCCGUGGAUAGGUGUGACACACGCGGGGGGGAGCAGGAAGUGUUAAUAUGAACACGGAGCAGUGAACCGUGAACCGCGUAUGUGUGUAUAAAACCCGAGAGUUGAACGAGAAUACGAGAGGAGACACGAUGAGAAGUGACACAAGAUAUCGGGAAGCGCGAUCUUCUCUUCUCGCGUCCCUUUUUGUCGUCCUCGCCGUUUUCGUGAUCGGAGUGCGAGGACUUAAGAAUGUAUCCAUCGAUAUUCCAUUGGCCGUAGCAGAUGGCACCACCGUCAAUAUGAGUUGCGGAUACGAUCUAGAAUCAGAUACUUUGUACACAGUGAAAUGGUACUACAAACGUUUUGAAUUUUUUCGAUACAUUCCUAAAGAAAUGCCACCUACAAGUGCUUUUGGAGAAUUGGGUAACAAAGUUCUCUUAAAUCAAAGUGAUGCUCAUCGCGUAGUUUUAAGGGACUUGCAACCAAGCCACACUGGAAAAUAUCGCUGUGAAGUUUCUGGCGAUUCCCCAUCGUUUACUACUAUAACGGUCGCCGCUUACUUAUAUGUUGCUAAUUUACCAAAAGGGGAUCCUCAAAUUAGAGCCGAAAAGAUACGCUACGCGGUAGGAGACACGGUGCGUGCAAAUUGCACCGUUCCUUCGGGAAAUCCUCCGGCGAAUGUGACAUGGACUGUGAAUGGAGUACAGGUAAAUUCCAGCUUCAUGAUGAACAUUACGGACAAGUUUGGUGACAAUCAGCAAUUGAUGACUAUCGCAGGAUUGGACUUCGAGACUAUACAAGAUAGCUUUAACAACGGAAGAUUACAUAUUGUUUGCAAUGCUAACGUCUUUCAUUUGUAUAAAAAACAAGCCGAUGUUAUUUUGAUCGAGGAACGGCCACGUCUGGCAUCAGUAUUAGGAACCCGAGAAUCUUCUUAUAUUGGGCAUGCAUCAACGCAAUUCACACAAACUUCAUUUGAAAAAUGGUUUAUUGCCUCAACUGCUCUGUUACUACGCCACUUCAGAUAACAACGAUGAACCUGUUAUUCACCCAAUAUGCAUAUGACUGUAUUGAAAUGGAGAGGGCAAAUUGUUUGUAAAAUUUUAAAACUUAAGUGAGACGAGGAAAGAACGACAAAUUUUUUGGUUAAUAUAAAUAUCGACCGUAUGUUAUUCGUGUAAAUAGGAUAAAAAAAUUAGCUAAUUAUCUACGUGAAAUUGCGACCUGCGCUGUCUCAUUGGAAUGAGACAAAUUUAUAAUCUAAAUAACAUGUCAUAAUAUUAUGUAUUAGAUUGACAAAGUGUCGCGCCAAAGUGUUCGAAAAUUUAUUUCAAUACUAUUAUACCAUGUUUUCUAUCCUCUAACAAUGAUUUUGAUACAUUUAAAGAAUCUUCCGUAAAAUAUAGCUGCCAGAAAUAUAUCAUCUCACGUUUAUAGGUAAAAGCUGUUAUUGUUUGUGAAUAAAGUUUUACUUAAGUGAAAAACAAAUAAAUAAUUCACCUCUGUUA